AUGAAGCUCCGAUGGAAAUCCGAGCUUGCAGUUGCAGAUUCGUGGGCGACCGAUACUAUGGAUUCAUCAGGCACUGGUGAGUCGGACACUACGGGUCCUAUGCCCAUCGUAUCAGACGACCGAGAGUCAUCGGAGCAUGAGGUACACACUUCAGAUGUUACCAGCACGGAUGAGGAUGAUUUCCAGCCAUUCGCGCUACCCGAUGUUGCCGCCGAGCCCGCUGAUGGCCCUUUUGCUGGGGAUUUGCCGCUCUUGGAGAUCCCUGCCCCUAUACCUCUUGCCGCAUACCCUGUUCUUGAUAUGCUCCUUGACGCCGACGCUGAUGACGACGUCGAUUUGUUUGAUGACGAGCCCCUGGAGGAUGAUAUUGAGGGCGAGGCCCUUAUAGCUGACGACGGUCUUUUGCUGCUCGCAGAUGCUCCUGCUGAGGAGUCACCUGCUCAUUCACCCAUCCCAGACUCUUUCAAGUCUGUGGCCUCUGCACCGUCGCACACUCAGGGUGCGCAGCACUAUUCUCACGAUUCAGAUCCUGAUAGGGCAUCAUCUGCUGCCCCUGCCCCGAGCUACGCCUUUGAUCACGACAUUGAUGAGAGUUCUGACCAUGUCUUUCCCCUUGGGUUUGACCCAGACCAAGAGAUUGAGUUUAUACACCUGGAUCAGCCUAUGGAGGACCCGGUUAACGCAGUUGGCCCUGUUGACCCUGCGUUUGCUGACCACGUAGAUUUUGAGAUGGAGUUCGAUGACCCAGAGCCUGCCAUGGCCCCCAAGCCGGUAGCCGCUCCUAACCCUGUGUUUGAGCAUGACCCUAUUCAUGCUGGCGUACCCAUUGUUGACCCUGUGAUUGCUGAUCUACCCGUUGAUGAUCACCCUGCUGAUGCCCCUCUCAUCGCUGAUGUACCCGCUGAGCCUGUUGUUGUCGCUCCCCUUCCUGACCCUGUGCCUGUAUAG